AAGUUGCAGUGACUUAGACUUUCUGUUUGCUAUGGGGAGCAAAGUGCACGAUGAAGAAACUGCUGUUGAGCCCAUCGAGAACGAUGUGACAGAGGGACCUGUCGCAGAUGAGACUGGCCAGUCCAAAGUGCACGAUGAAGAAACUGCUGUUGAGACCAUGGAGAACGACGUGACAGAGGGACCUGUCGCAGAUGAGACUGGCCAGUCCCUCAGUCAGAUUGCCCAAGGGAAAGUCGGAGAGCAAAUCCAGAAAGAAGGUGGUCUUCACAAUUCCAGAGACUCGAUUCUUGAAUGCAUUGAGAAGUGGUGUUUUCCAGACCCAAAUCCAUGUGUUUUUCCGCCGACCCGCACCAGACAGGACUCCGUAGUCGCCCUUCUGCGAGCACCAGCCCGGCACCGCCCGAUGUCACGGCAUCCACGGGUCUUCGUCAACAUGCGUUUGGUCCUCAUGCACAUGGUUUGCUGCGACAUUUGAGUUCCAAGACGGCCAGACGCGAAGUCUUGGGAUAUAGUCGAUUGGCCUUGGCACCAUCAGCCUAUGACAAUGCAUAUUUGAUGCCGCUGAUCUCAAGGCGCUUCUUUGGUCGGCCCUUUUUCCUUUUGAUUGUCAACUUUAUUCUGCAAUAUUCCAUUGCCUAUUUGCUUUGGAGGAGGACGGCUCUGACAAGGCGGCAGUUCACUGAGAAGCUCUUUGGGGAAAAUGAUGAUGAUGACCACUCGGCACCUUGUUGGUACCCAGAUCCAAUCAAGAAGGACCAGCUGAUGUGUACUCCUGAUGAGGUCGUUUACGCCACAAGCUUCAGCCAGCUUGAUCUGGAUUUGGAUGGCACAUGGACUUUCGAAGAAGCAGCACGUUUGGACGCAGAACAUGUGCACAGAAAUGAACGGAGGGUCAAUAUGACACAAAUAUACAAGAACCUGAUUCACCAAAUGAAGCAGCAUGCUGGCCCUCGGGCUUUAGGGUGCGACAUUGGUGAAGAAAUUGAAGCCUUCAAUCAACCCACGGGCUUUUGGAAGCCGGCUUGGAUCCAGAACAUCACGAGCAACGGGCAUGUGGUAGUGAGCUAUGCCAAACCCGCCACGGAUGCAUCGAAAGCCUAUUUGCCCCAACGAUUCACCCGAAAGCUUUUCAACGAGACCAUCUAUACCUGCAGCAUUCCCAAAUGUGUGGAUAUGGAUAGUGGGGCAACUGAUCGAGGAGAUACUACCUGUGAAGAUUACAAUGGCUACGAUGCAUGUGGCCUUUUCGAUGAUUCGGAUUUUCGUGCCAUGGAUUUGUGCUGCACUUGUGGUGGUGGCUCACGCAGCCCACAAUUGACCGGGUAUGACCAUCUCCCUGUAUCCUUGCCCUUGGAUGAAAUCAGCAAUUUGCAGGACUUUCGGCUUUGCAUGCAAAGAGCAGACCACCCAGCUCAGCAGGACGAGUGCAUCAUCAAUUUUACAUCUCUCCCGCAGCAGGUUUAUGAGACUCAAAUUGAGCCCUACAUGAAAUAUUGUUUGCUUCCAGAGUCAGACACCUGCGGCAACCUCCAUGCUGAGAAUUCCCUGCCUCAAGUGAGCACCAACAUCUCUGCCACGGUGCCUUUGUUCUUCAAGAUGGCCGAAAUCAGAAUGCCCAGUGACUUGAUGCCCGAGACGAUUUGUCGAAAGGCCGUGAGCCUGUUCUGCCCAAAGGUGCUGACGCUCCAGUCAACACUCUUCCAGGAGGAACGCGCGGAAGUUUGUGGAAAGAAAUCACGAAGGAUCAGAGGUGAUCAUGUCGUCGUAUCCUAUGCGGCCAGCCGAGUAUAUCAAGAUGAACUGUUGGGUUUAACUUCCCCGCUCUUCCAAGUCUUUCUAUUCUUGAUUGUCUUUUUGUGGGGCAUGGCAUCAGUCGCGGAGUUUAAAAACAUUUUCAUUUGGUGGAACAUUCUUUUGGCACAACCUUUGAAAGAUGUCACUGAGUGCCUUGUUGAGCAGUGGGAAGCGGACAGUGAUGAUUGCACGUUGGAAGUGGUUGGCAUUCCAAAGAAAUUCAGACUCCUUACGAUGCUCUUAAUUCUCUUCCCUCGUACCGUUUUGCAGUGUUGCAUAUUUGAUAUUGGAAUUCAAUAUCUUCUGUCUGUGCGGAACAUUUCAGAUUUGAUUUUGAACAGCUUGGCGCUCACAUUCCUGGUCACCAUCGAUGAGAUGCUCUUCGUGGCUUUCGCUGGCGAGCAAAAUGCCGCCUGGAUUCAAGGAACAAAGCCUAUUCGUGGCCGAUCAUUCAAAUGCCUUGACCGCCUUCUAGCAGCGACCUAUCUUCCUGUUGGAAUAAUGCUUUUUGUGCCAAUCUUGAGCUGGCUUUCAUACUUCUUGUUGUUGAAUGUCGACACCACUGUCCGAUUGGCUCAUGCUACCUAUUGUCUUUGCGAUUUGAGGGGUCAAUUGUGUUUCACGGCAGGUCCUUUAUUUGGCUGAAACGGAUCAAAUUCAUUCAAAAUAAUAUAAAAUAUUAAUUAUUUCCCAAAGGGAAAUGUUAGUUUGCAUUACGAAUCAUUCCGGAAAUUGAC